AAAAAAAUAUUUCCGAGAUUGGGCCAAUCUUUUGAGAGGGGGACUGAGCAAGAAGUGAGAGGAAGCGGCAGAAAUCAGCGUGUGUGCCUUUCCAGUUACAUUUACCAUUUACCGUUUACAUUUACUGUUUGCCUGUGCCAUUGGCUUCCAGAGUUCGUUAUCUCUCUCGCUCCCUCUGUCUCUUUCGCUCUCUCGUCGGGACUGCUGGACAUGCCAAAGGCCUAAUGCGGAUUGCGGAUUGUCCGUUGGCGUCCAAGUUCUGAGCAACCAGUGGGGGAGAUUGGACGAGGCAAUAGUUAUUAUAGCUUCCUUAGACUUGUUUAUCGGCACAUUCCUGCGACUUUGCGUGUUGGCGCGUCACUUAGUACUUACUCCCAAUCGUGUUUACUGACGUCGACGUGGCCGUCAUCGUCACCAUUUGCGUCCGCUCGUCUGAAGCGUGGGUCCAACUGUGGCAUUGGCAGCUACGAUUUGUGUUCUUGUUGUCGUGCCGUUGUGUCGGAAACAUCAUCAAAAUAUCUUCAUUCGAAGAAGAUUAUCGGGCUGACAGGCCCAUGGUGCAGCGUGCAUCCUCCUCAGAUGCUCCCUCAAUUCAGGGCGGCCAUAAUCGAGAGUCUCGAUUUGGCCUUGGAUAUACGUCGUACCAAAGCGGAUACAAUAAACUCUUCACUCAGGGUUCUGCCGACUCGAACUACUCACAACCGUCAUCCGAUCUGUCGCUAGACGAGGAAAAGGAAUCGCUUCGGCGAGAAAAGGAACGUCAGGCCUUAAGCCAGUUGGAUAAAGCGAGGAGUAAACCAGUAGCGUUCGCUGUGCGAACCAACGUAGCGUACGAUGGCACAAUUGACGACGAUUCGCCCGUUCAAGGUGGCGCAGUUUCAUUUGACAUGCGGGAGUUCCUGCACAUCAAGGAGAAGUAUGACAAUAACUGGUGGAUCGGCAGACUGGUUAAGGAAGGCUGUGAUGUGGGCUUCAUACCCAGCCCCGCUAAGCUAGACAACAUUCGCAUGCAGAAUCAAACUAGACCCUCAAGACUGUAUGGCACAAAGGGCUCAUCUAGUGGUAAUCUGGGUGCGGGACAAGCAGGUGCGGAGCCAUCACGAGGUAGCACACCCCCCACACCUGGUGACGAAUCAGAUUCCAUGGGACCAGGACGACAUGGCAAGACACCAUUAGCAACGCCACCCAACAAGGAGAAGCGCAAGCCUUUUUUCAAGAAACAGGAAACAGCCAGCCCGUACGAUGUGGUGCCAUCGAUGCGGCCCGUUGUGUUAGUGGGUCCAAGCCUUAAGGGUUACGAGGUAACCGACAUGAUGCAGAAGGCGCUCUUCGAUUUCCUCAAGCAUCGCUUCGAAGGACGCAUUAUCAUAACACGCGUUAUGGCCGAUAUAUCCCUGGCGAAGCGAUCUAUUAUGAACAAUCCAUCGAAGCGUGCCAUCAUGGAGCGUUCCACCAGUCGGUCCGAUUGUCUGGGCAAGGUGCAGGAGGAGAUCGAGCGCAUCUUUGAGCUGGCCCGUUCACUGCAGCUGGUCGUACUCGAUUGUGAUACAAUCAAUCAUCCGUCACAAUUAGCAAAAACUUCAUUAGCGCCAACAAUAGUUUACUUAAAGAUUAGUAGUAGUAAGGUUUUACAGCGUUUAAUCAAAUCACGGGGCAAAUCGCAAGCUAAAAACUUAUCCGUACAAAUGGUUGCUGCCGAAAAAUUAGCCCAAUGUCCACCCGAAAUGUUCGAUGUAAUUUUAGAUGAGAACCAAUUGGAAGACGCCUGCGAGCAUAUUGCCGAAUACUUGGAGACAUAUUGGAAAGCCACGCAUCCAGAUAUUCGCACAGGCACCACAGUACCGGCCAUUGCCAGACCGAUACCGUCUCAGGAGGUGUCGGUAUCACCCUCCGCCGAUCAAGCGCGCUUGGGUCCAACACCACCAGUCGAUGGCGAGGAGUUUGAUGAGCACGAGCCGAGAAUGGCGAGUGCCGAGCGUGAGGGUAGUCGGGAGCGAGAGCGAGAGCGAGAGCGAGACAAUGGCAGUAGGGAAAGAGAACGCGAGAAUGAACGGGACUAUUGGGAUAGAGAGUUCAACAGAGAUCGCAGUUCGAAAGACAGAGAAAGAGAUUUGGAGUGGGAGCGCGAGAGAGCACGCGAAUGGGAAAGAGAGCGAGAAAGGGAUUGGGAUAGAGAGUUCGAUUGGGACCAAGGAGCUGCCUCUUACCAUCACAGCCGUCGUCAGGCGUCAGGACGUCACCAGGAGCGCAGCGUGGGCAGCGGCGGUGUGGGCCAUGCCGCCGGCUAUGAGCGUGACAGGGAGCGCUACGAGCGUCAGGAAAGGGAACGACUCCAUGCACGUGAUCGCGACCUUAUGCACUACGAUCUGAACAGCGAUGAGAUGCUCGACGAACGAAAUUUUGAGUAUCCGGCAAUGCGCAGCGGGCCCAGCGGCGCCUCCCACCAUGGUCAUCUGUCGCGCGGAGGUCGACUUCUGGACGAUGCAGAAUUUGAGCGUGAGGAUCGACUGCUGGGCAGCUCAAGAACGCGCUAUGGACCCGGACCCUCGACGCGCAUUGACGAUCCCCGUGAUGUGCCGCGGGCAGCAGCUGUUGUGGAUCGCGAUCGCGAUGAAUACAGUCCGCACAGAGGUGGUGGAAGUAGUAGGAGAAUGCUGAAUGCCAUGUAG